AAUUAUGGUGCUGGCCAAGGGGGUGAUAUGGAUAGAUCGACGAUCUGAAUUUGAUCCCAUGUCUUUUUUCGAAGCAGCUGACGCGGGAGACUGCUGUUCUCUUGGACUAACUUGUAUUGUGUGUAAGUGCUUCUUUUUGUUUGUUUUGUUACGCACGACCAACCGUAGAACGCUGUUCUCUGUGAAAGGUUUCCAGAAAUCCUGUUUUGUCCGUAAAAACCAUUUCCAGACGCCGCCUGAGACAACACAAAAUUUUUCCACAAUACGUUUUAGAUAAAAGAAAGUACGCUCUACAAGGCCUAUAUGGUUGUUUGACUUCAAUGUUUAAGACUGUUCUAAGGAAAAACUGCCCUGUAAAAGCCCAGGGCUCGAAAAUCGGCUUUUUGGAAACGCAUUGCGAAGUACGGGAGCCGAAAAAACUGAUAAUACCAUUAGAUUCAGCAUAUUGAAAACCUCUAAGAUCCAGUUCCUCCGAAUCUACUGCUUCUGCAAGUAAUGCUAUAAGAAAGUCUUUCAUUACUGAAGAAUUUUCUGUUCAGUCAGACUUUAAUUGGAAAGCUCCUGAUGUGAAGAUAUCCUUAUCUUUCGCUAUAUAUACCAAUUGUGUCACGUUCAAUUAUCCAUCACCCGAUGAUUUUCAAAUAUACUGUUCAUCAUCAUUAUUUUUCGAUAUCACAAUCACACGAUCGGCUACCAAAUAACAUGAAUAGAAACCGAUACCAAAUUGUCUAAUCAUUGAAGCAUCAGAACCAGUUUGCAAAGUUUCCAUUAAUACAUAUGAACGCCGGCUUGCAGUUGUUCCCAACUUAUAGACUAAAUAAUCUUUUGUCAUUCCAAUACCUAAACUGCGAUAACAUCAGAUUGUCUUUCUACGUAGUAUGUAUCCGGUACUCGAAUUUAAUAUAGAUUCACUCGUUCAGAAUAGAGUACAGAAAUAAACAGAAACAAAAACAAAAACCAAACCCCCAGAAAGGGCCUCAAAUUUGCAAAUAAUAUUUCAGCGUCGCUUUGAAAGUGACCUAGAGUACGUGCUGCAACAACCGUUUCUGGUAAAGCGUUCCAAUCUUCGGCAGUCUGAUAGAAAAAAGCUGACGCUAUCCGUUCUUUUUGUAAGACUCGGUGUCGCGACUGGGUUGUUAUGUGAAAGUUUAUCCUCAGAUUAGUAGUGAUACAUUAUUAGAACGUUUAGCUGAGUUUGUUGACGAUCAACAGAAUGUUCCUGAUGAUACAACUUUUUUAAAUGGCACUGUUUAUCGUAAACCUAAAGGGGAAAAAAUAGCAUCCACACGUGAAUAUCGUUUAGUGGAAGAUGAUGAUGAUCUAUUUCUAUUUGUUAAACUAACUAAAGGGCGUACACGUGGUGAGUUACCAUUUCAGUCUGUUCAGAACUAG